AUGUCUCGACAGGUUGCCCGAGCUGCUCUGCGCACCAGUGGUCGAAGCACCUUCGCGACUGCCUCGCGCCCGGCUUUCCGUCAAGGCGGCCGCCGGUUCUACUCGUCCGAGCCUCCAAAGUCCGUCGGUACAUCGCCGCUGCUUUACAUCGCAGGAGCCGCCGUGGCAGGUGCUGGUGGGUUCUACUUCUACACCCAACGCAGCUCUGCUGGCCCCACCGUCUUCACGCCCACUAAGGAGGACUACCAGAGAGUAUACAACGACAUCGCCGCUCGCCUUGAGGAGGAAGAUGACUAUGAUGAUGGAAGUUACGGCCCGGUAUUGGUACGUCUGGCGUGGCAUGCCAGUGGCACCUACGAUAAGGAGACGAAGACCGGUGGCAGCAACGGUGCCACCAUGCGAUUCGCACCUGAGGGUGACCAUGGGGCCAAUGCCGGUUUGAAGCACGCUCGGGACUUCCUCGAGCCCAUCAAGGCCAAAUACCCGUGGAUCUCGUACUCGGACCUGUGGACGCUGGCGGGCGUCACUGCCAUCCAAGAGAUGCAAGGCCCGGUUAUUCCCUGGCGUCCGGGGCGUUCGGACAGAGAUGUCUCCGCCUGCACACCCGACGGUCGUCUUCCCGACGCGGCUCAGGGCACCGACCACCUCCGCAACAUCUUCUACCGCAUGGGCUUUAACGACCAAGAAAUCGUCGCACUUGCCGGUGCCCACGCUCUCGGCCGCUGCCACACGGAUCGAUCCGGUUUCGACGGUCCCUGGACCUUCUCGCCUACCGUCCUGACCAACGACUACUACACCCUGCUGCUCUCGGAGAAGUGGUCGAUUCGAAAAUGGGACGGCCCUAAGCAGUUCCAGGACAAGGGUAAGACUUUGAUGAUGUUGCCUGCCGACUACGCUCUCAUCCAGGACAAGGCCAUGAAACCCUUCGUCGAGAAGUACGCCAAGGACAACGACGCCUUCUUCAAGGACUUCAGCAACGUCAUUGUGAAGUUGUUCGAGCUUGGUGUGCCCUUCAAGCAGGGUGCCGAGAGGAUGACCUUCAAGCCCACCAACGACUAA